CUGCAGGCGCCCGGGACUCGGAACGUCGCGCGCCCAGCCAUGGCUUCGGGCCCUGCGGGGGCGGAGACCCGGCAAAGGCUGCUGCGCACGGUCAAGAAGGAGGUGAAGCAGAUCAUGGAGGAGGCCGUCACACGGAAGUUUGUCCACGAAGACAGCAGCCACAUCAUCUCCUUCUGUGCGGCUGUGGAGGCCUGCGUCUUGCACGGGCUGCGGCGCCGGGCGGCUGGCUUCCUGCGCAGCAACAAGAUCGCGGCUCUCUUCAUGAAGGUGGGCAAGAGCUUCCCACCAGCUGAUGAGCUGAGCCGCAAGGUCCAGGACCUGGAGCAGCUGAUAGAGAACGCGCGAAACCAGAUCCAGGGCCUCCAGGAGAAUGUGCGGAAGCUGCCGAAGCUACCCAACCUGUCCCCGCUUGCCAUCAAGCACCUGUGGAUCCGCACGGCCUUGUUUGAGAAGGUCCUGGACAAAAUUGUGCAUUACCUUGUGGAAAACAGCAGUAAAUACUAUGAAAAGGAAGCACUCCUGAUGGACCCUGUGGAUGGCCCCAUCCUUGCGUCUUUGUUGGUGGGGCCCUGCGCCUUGGAAUACACCAAGAUGAAGACGGCGGAUCACUUCUGGACCGACCCCUCCGCCGACGAGCUCGUCCAGAGGCACCGCAUCCACAGCUCGCACCUGCGACAGGACUCGCCCACCAAGCGCCCCGCCCUCUGCAUCCAGAAGAGGCUUUCGAGUGGCAGCAUGGAUGACCGCCCAUCCCUCUCCGCCCGCGACUAUGUGGAGUCCCUGCACCAGAACUCCAGGGCCACCCUGCUGUAUGGCAAGAACAACGUUCUCGUUCAGAAGUUUAUGGGCAGCAUUUUGGAGACUCUGAGAAGAGGCAAGGAGGGUCGGAUGGUGGAUGAUGACCCUUCUCUAUCUCCCCGCACAGGGCUUGCCUACUGCAGACACCUGUCCACCGUGAGGACCCACCUGUCAGCCCUGGUCAAUCACAUGAUUGUGUCUCCAGACUUGCCCUGCGAUGCUGGACACGGGCUGACGGCCGGGAUCUGGGAGCAGUACCUUCAGGACAGCACAAGUUACGAGGAGCAGGAGCUGCUGCGCCUUAUCUACUACGGGGGCAUCCAGCCCGAGAUCCGCAAGGCCGUGUGGCCCUUCCUGCUGGGCCACUACCAGUUCGGGAUGACAGAAGCGGAAAGGAAGGAGGUGGACGAGCAGAUUCAUGCCUGCUAUGCACAGACCAUGUCCGAAUGGCUGGGCUGCGAGGCAAUUGUGCGGCAGAGGGAGCGGGAGUCCCACGCAGCCGCCCUGGCCAAAUGCUCAUCAGGGGCCAGCCUGGAUGGUCCCCUGCACCGGAUGAUGCACAGGGACUCCACCAUCAGCAACGAGUCCUCCCAGAGCUGCAGUUCUGGCCACCAGAACAUCCGCCUGCAGAGCGACUCCAGCAGCAGCACACAGGUGACCUUCCCAAGUGAGGGCAACCUCUCAGAGGAGCCCGAGAUGGAGAGUCUCUUCCCGGCCUUGGCUUCUCUGGCCGUGAGCACAGCUGCCAACAACGAGGCGUCCCCCGUGUCAUCCAGCGGGGUCACCUACUCCCCGGAGCUGCUGGACCUGUACACAGUGAACCUGCACCGCAUCGAGAAGGACGUGCAGAGGUGCGACCGCAACUACUGGUACUUCACGCCCGCCAACCUGGAGAAGCUGCGCAACAUCAUGUGCAGCUACAUCUGGCAGCACAUUGAGAUCGGCUAUGUCCAGGGCAUGUGUGACCUCCUGGCUCCACUGCUGGUCAUUCUGGAUGAUGAGGCCCUCACCUUCAGCUGCUUCACGGAGCUUAUGAAGAGAAUGAACCAGAACUUCCCCCAUGGAGGCGCGAUGGACACACACUUUGCCAACAUGAGGUCACUAAUCCAGAUCCUGGACUCAGAGCUCUUUGAGCUGAUGCAUCAGAAUGGAGACUACACUCACUUCUACUUCUGCUACCGCUGGUUCCUGCUGGAUUUCAAACGAGAACUCGUCUAUGAUGAUGUCUUCUCUGUCUGGGAGACCAUUUGGGCAGCCAAACACGUCUCAUCCACCCACUACGUCCUAUUCAUCGCGUUGGCUCUGGUGGAGGUCUACCGUGACAUCAUCUUAGAGAACAACAUGGAUUUCACAGACAUCAUCAAGUUCUUUAAUGAAAUGGCCGAGCGACACAACACCAAGCAGAUCCUGAAGCUGGCCCGGGACCUCGUGUACAAGGUGCAGACUCUGAUUGAGAACAAGUGAGGGCCGCCUCACUCAGGCAGCGCCAGCCAAGCUGCCACCUGCCUGUCGUGCCCACUUUUCCUCCCAGCCACCUGGGGAGCGAGGUCCUGGUGUCUGUCUGUGAGCAUGGACUUCUGUGCAAAGAGAAACUGGCCCGACUUUGGCCGUCGGGCAGGUGGGGUCGAGGGCUUGCCCCUUGAGUUCAGCCUUACGUUUUCCUGUUUGACCAAAGAUCGCCCGUGUCUGGGAUUUCUCCUUGCGGGAACUGUCGGUGGAUGGAGGGAACGUCUUUGUUCAAGGCCUCCAGACGUCUUCUCUGUUCUUCUCUCCCCAUCCCUCCAGACUGUCUUGUCAGAUGAGACUUGGAUGGGAUUGUUUUGGACGUUGGUGUAGGAGUCUGUGGGGUGCCCUCUGUACUCUGGAAGGGGCCUUUGCAGAUGUUCCAGAACAGCCUGGAAGACCGGCUGGCCGCAAGGUUUUUGCACUUAGCACUGUUGACAUU